CCUUUCGGGUUUUCCACAUGGUCAAUUCACGGAGAUGAUCAAUGUAAUCGUGUUCCCGAUGUGGCACCUCCAAUAAACGUGUCAACCACAUUUCGGUUUGACAACGAUAAUUUGAAAAGUGCCGAUGAAAAAGGCCUUGACGAAGGUGCCGAAAGUAGACCAGUAUAUUCGAGAAUUAACCACCCGAAUGCUGAGAGGCUUGAAACGGUUCUUGCGGGAAUCUUGGGAAACCCAACAGUAGCGUAUUCGUCCGGGCUUUCUGCUUUCUACGCGAUUUUGAUGCAUUUUAACCCUAAAAGAUUGUUUCAGGACGACUGCUAUCACGGAUGUCAUAUAGCAGCCGAGAAGUUUUCGCGCGUGUCAGGCAUGAAGGUCUUGUCUUUGGACGAAAUCGAGACAAAAUGCCAACCUGGGGAUAUCGUUCAUUUGGAGGACCCCAUCAACCCCUAUGGGGAAGUCUCGGAUCUCGAAGCCUAUAUCGAACUCACACACUCCGCUGGCGGCCUUCUCCUCCUGGACUCUACGUUGGGUCCACCACCGCUGAGAAAUCCCUGGGAAUACGAUGUUGACAUUGUUAUGCACGCGGGAUCAAAGUACUUCGGUGGCCAUUCGGACCUUCUAAGCGGGAUGGUAUCUGUUAAAAGCCCAGAAAUAGCCGAAAACCUCAUGAACGACAGGCUUGUUUUAGGAACCAUACCUGCUAGUCUUGAAAGCUUUCUUCUGCUGCGGUCCUUGAGAACGAUGGAAUUACGGGUCCUUCGCCAGUCCGAGAACUGCACAAAGGUUGUCAAGUAUUUAAAUGAUCACAAAGAGGAGUACGCGGGCGUUCUCGAAACAAUUCAUCAUGCAAGCCUACAAACUGAGAGUUUUGUAAAAAAACAAUGGCCUAAUGGGUUUGGAGCUGUAUUCUCAAUUAUUUUAAACUCACCUGAACAAUGUAAGGAGUUCGUCAAGAAUCUGCAAAUUUUUCAGCAUGCCACUUCACUUGGAAGUGUCGAAUCCUUGAUCGAAUGGCGAGCUCUGAGCGAUAAAAAUGUUGACAAAAGACUUCUCAGAAUAUCGGUAGGCGUUGAACAAGUUGAAGAUUUAAUCCGAGAUUUAUCUGAAUCGCUAAGAAGGAUCAAAGAGAACUAG